AUGGCCGCCGCGGGGCUGCAGCCUCACGCGCCUGCUGGUGACGCCGAGCCUCUCUCCGCCUCCACGCCGCAGGUGAGCGGGAUCGAGAGAUGCAUGACAGGCCAGGCAGAGCUGGAGUUUGGCAUCGUCAUUCCUGUUAUGGACUACAUUAUUAAGUGGACUCCCCUGCACUUCGCCUCUGAAAAUGGUCACUUCGCAGUGGCUGAACUCCUGGCCGCCAAGGGAGCGGACCUGGAAGCGAAGGACCAGUAUGAGUGGACUCCCCUGCACUUCGCCUCUCGAUAUGGUCACUUCGCAGUGGCUGAACUCCUGGCCGCCAAGGGAGCGGACCUGGAAGCGAAGGCCCAGUAUGGAGCGACUCCCCUGCACUUCGCUUCCUUCAAUGGUCACUUCGCAGUGGCUGAACUCCUGGCCGCCAAGGGAGCGGACCUGGGAGCGAAGGACGACCGCGGAGCGACUCCCCUGCACUUCGCCUCUGAAAAUGGUCACUUCGCAGUGGCUGAACUCCUGGCCGCCAAGGGAGCGGACCUGGAAGCGAAGGCCCAGUAUGGUAAGGCGAUUUCAGAGACGACGGACGCACAAUGGAAAAAUAGGAGAGCAGCUCUGGCCAAAGGAUCAUUCAUUAGUGCCAUUAUAUCUUAG